AUGGGAAGAAGAGCUAAAAACAAACAGGGGGCCCCUCCUUCAUUGGACGCCUUCCUCGACAAAAAGGAGAAAAAAACUCUGAAGCCAGAGAAAAAAUCCGCCAAGCCUGCUCGUGCUGCUCCCGCUCCAAAGAGAUCCAAGUCUCGUUCCGAUGAGGGUCUGCGCAAGACAAAGAAGGCCAGACCCGAUGAGGAAACAAUUCCCGAUGAUCUUCCCGAGGUAGAUCUUGAAGAGUUGGCAUCUGCCAAGAAGACACUUUUCGAUGACGAUGAGGAGGAUGCUGCAGACCUCGAUUUGGAGGACAACGAUGAGUACCUCGAUGAGUCUGACGAAGAGGCCCGCGCCAGACCAAUGUUCUCUGACGAUGAGGAUAACGAUGAGCUAGAAAACUUGAAUGCCGAAAAUAUGGAGGCAUUCUCCAAACAGCUUGACGAGGAGGAGGCCGAAGAGGCCGAAGAGGCCGAGUUGGAGUUGGUUCAAGGUGCAGCUCAGCCCAGAGCCAAGGUGUUGCCUAGCGCUGAGGAAGAGGAGGAGAUGGCCCAGAAGCCAUUGGACGUUACCUCCGUUAGAACCCGUAUGCUCGAAAUCGUCAAGGUUUUGGAGAACUUCAAGGAAUUGGCCGAGGAGGGUAAGUCUCGUGCCGAGUAUACCACCAGAUUGCUUAAGGAUGUCUGUGAGUAUUUCGGCUACUCCGAGUUCUUGGCUGACAAGCUUUUCAAUUUGUUCUCUCCCUCCGAGGCCAUGGAGUUUUUCGAGGCCAACGAGGUCGCUAGGCCUGUCACCAUCAGAACUAACACAUUGAAGACUAGAAGAAGAGAUUUGGCGCAAACCUUGGUCAACCGUGGUGUGAACUUACAGCCCAUCGGUGCAUGGACCAAGGUCGGUUUGCAGAUCUUCGAUUCGCAAGUCCCAAUUGGUGCUACUCCAGAGUACUUGGCUGGUCACUAUAUUCUACAAGCAGCAUCUUCGUUCUUGCCCGUCAUGGCUUUGGACCCACAGGAAAACGAGCGUAUUUUGGACAUGGCUGCCGCUCCCGGUGGUAAAACUACCUACAUCUCUGCCUUGAUGAAGAACACUGGUUGUGUGUUCGCUAACGACGCCAACAAGGCUAGAACCAAGUCCUUGAUCGCAAACAUCCAGCGUUUGGGUUGCAAAAACACCAUUGUAUGCAACUACGAUGCUCGUGAGUUCCCUAAGGUCAUUGGUGGAUUCGACAGAAUCUUGUUAGACGCUCCAUGCUCUGGUACCGGUGUCAUUGCAAAGGACGAGUCUGUUAAACAAUCGCGUACUGAGAAGGAUUUCAUUCAAAUUCCUCACUUGCAGAAGCAGUUGCUUUUGAGUGCCAUCGACUCUGUUGAUGCGGGCUCUGCUACUGGUGGUGUGAUUGUGUAUUCUACCUGUUCGAUUGCCGUCGACGAAAACGAGGCUGUUGUUGACUACGCUUUGAGAAAGAGACCUAACGUCAAGCUUGUCGAAUCUGGUUUGCAAAUUGGUAAGGAGGGUUUCACCUCGUACAGAGGAAAGCACUUCCACAACUCGCUUUCAUUGACUAGACGUUACUAUCCUCACACUUACAACGUGGAUGGAUUCUAUGUUGCCAAGUUCAAGAAGACUGGUCCUUCCACUCAUGACAUCACCAAAUCUGGUGCCAAGGAGAAGGAGGCGUUGGCUAGAUCCGAAGCCGAGGAAGAGGGUAUCAUUCACGAUGACUUCGCUGAGUUCGAGGACGAUGAAGAUAAGGAAUUGAUCGACAAGACGAUCAAGAGAAGCAUGAAGAGAAAGGGUAUCAACCCAAACGCAAAGAAGUAG